CCGUUCAGUGUUCUGUUUUUUUAGGUUGGAUCGGAGAUCGCCGGAGGGAGAAGCGUACACCGGCGACUUCAAUCAUCACCGUAAAACGCCUUGAAGAACGUAAAAUUUCAAGGAUCUAAGAGAACGUUUACUUGUAUGAGUCAAGGUUUUUCAGAAGAUAACGAUAUGUCUCGUGGUUCAGAGAACACUGAUGAUGAACCACCGAAAUGGUUGAGUUUCCGGUCACUGCUCGUAUUCUCCAUGUUUUUGCGAGUCUUCUUGAUUGUUUAUGGAGAAUGGCAAGAUGCUAACAUGGAGGUCCGGUACACUGAUGUUGAUUACAUUGUUUUUUCUGAUGCUGCGUCGUUGAUGGCAUCUGGUGAAUCUCCUUACAAGAGAACCACAUACCGUUACUCGCCUUUGCUCGCCCUUCUUCUGACUCCUAAUUCCUUCUUUCAUCGGUCAUUUGGAAAGUUUCUCUUCUCAGCUUCUGAUUUGUUGGUAGGCUGGUUUAUCCAUACUAUUCUGAAAGAACGUAAGGUGCCUGAGAAGAUAUGUACGUAUUCUGUAAUGGUUUGGCUUUUCAAUCCGUUUACAUUCACUAUUGGAACCAGAGGGAACUGUGAACCCAUCGUUUGUGCCAUGGUAUUAUGGAUCAUCAUCUCUCUUAUGCGAGGUAAUUUGUCACAAGCUGCACUUUGGUACGGGCUUGUUGUGCAUUUCAGGGUAUAUCCUAUUAUCUAUGCUUUACCGAUCAUCUUAGUUCUCGAUUCCCAAGUAUUUAGAUCUGGUCAAAAGCCGCCUCUUGAGGAUUGGAAUACCGGUCAGGCCAAGACACCUACCAGCAACACAGAGAAAAAAACAUUCCUUUUCAGUCUCUUCACUGCCUUGAAAAGUUUAUUUUCCAGGGAGAGAAUCAUGUUUGCUUUGGUAUCCGGGGGAGUUUUUCUAGCUUGCAAUGCUGUUUCUUUUUAUUUCUAUGGACACGAGUUCUUGCACGAGGCUCUCUUAUAUCACCUGACUCGUACAGAUCCAAGGCACAACUUCUCCAUCUACUUUUAUCACAUAUAUCUUCACUAUGAGCGCCAGUUUUCAGCUUUGGAGAAGCUUAUCUCGUUCUUACCUCAGUUUACAGUACAGUUUGCUCUAGUCUCCUGCUUUUGGCAGGAUCUAGUGUUCUGCAUCUUUCUCCAAACCGUUGCAUUUGUGGCUUUCAAUAAGGUGAUAACCGCACAAUACUUUGUGUGGUUCUAUUGCCUGCUACCCUUGAUUCUACCAUGGAGCCGUAUGAAGCUGAAAUGGGAAGGCUUGUUAUGCAUCAUUCUCUGGAUUGGAGCUCAGACACAUUGGCUUUUAUGGGGAUACAUGCUCGAGUUCAAGGGCCUUAACGUCUUCUUACAGCUUUGGGUUGCGGGUUUGCUAUUUCUUGCUGCAAACACUUUUGUCCUCGUCAAAAUCAUACAGCGCCAUCGAUUCUCACCUCUCUUCAGACGAUAUGAAUCCUCCCCACCAAAGCAUGUUAAGAAACUUCACUGAGACUAAUCAAAAGGCGUUUACACCUUCUUGGUCAUUACCAUCUACUAAGACCUUAAUGAUUCAUGCUUUUUUUUUGUUUCAGAAUGUAUUCUUAAGGUUCUUUAGGAUUUUCUCAAGAAUAGUUUAUUGAGGAAUUGAAAUGGCAAUCUAUAUCAAACCCAUUUUUUAAGGGUUUGCUCACGUCA